UGGCCGCGGAAUUCGCGACGUGCGUCGGGUCGAGGUUCAAGCGGCGAGCUUGUUUAUCGUGACGUCGUCCCGGCGAGAAUCCCGCCUCGUCCGGUCGCGUAAAAUCGGAAUUCGCUCGCGGAGGGAGUUGAUCGCGCGUGCAUCACGAACGGACCAGUAUUCUGGUGAAGCGAAGCAUACGUUCCGUUUGAUAAAACUGCUCCCAUGGCUGCGGAUAGUUCUGUACAAACCUGCGGCUAAUCGUGACGAAUAUCGUAUGCGCCACGAAAGUAUCUGUUUGAAUAACAAUUAUUUUUUCCCUUCGGCUCGUUUUGUCUCGUGAUACAAUGAUGAGGUGGGAGUGAAGAAAGUACGAGAGAGGGUUUUCGAAGAAUACGAGACAACUCCACGCCCCGGUACCCCUUACGUUGGUACCCUUUUUUUCUCGCUGAAGACACGCGCGCAGAGAGCGCCCCAGGUAGCAUAAGCAGCGAACAUGGCCGAGGAAGGUGCGGGUGGAUCAGGAAACGGGAGCAGCGGCGAGACGAGUCGUUUGCAGCUCCUGCAGGAGAUGCGGCAGCAGAACUUUGACACCAUUCGAUUUGCGUCGUAUCGCACCGCCUGCAAGUUGAGAUUUAUUCAGAAAAAAGUACAUCUGCACAACGUCGAUAUAUGGAAUGUAAUCGAGGCAUUUCGGGAAAACGGUCUAAAUACGUUGGAGCCGUCGAGCACAUUAGGAGUAUCCAGACUGGAAACGUUGCUGUCUUCCUUGUUUCACGCGCUGAACAAAAGGGUGCCAGUAUCCCAGCAGUCUAAAGUCGACGCAACCACGGCGUUGCUGAUGAACUGGCUAUUAGCUGCUUAUACUAGCGGGGAGAACAACAAAAUAUCUGUAUUUUCGGUGAAGGUAGCUCUAGCGACGUUAUGUGCGGGAAAGCUUAUGGAUAAAUUUCGAUAUAUAUAUUCGCAAAUAUCCGACAGCAACGGACACAUGAUACACUGGAGGUUUGCUGAUUAUCUGAAGGAAGUUCUAGCUUUGACCGCGGCGGUUUACGAAUCCCCAUCGUUUGGAUAUUCCGACGGCCUCGCUAACUCCAUUUUCCCCGCGAAUUCCAAAGUCACCGUAAACGACUUCCUCGAUACGCUCAUGUCGGAUCCUGGACCGCACUGCUUAAUCUGGUUGCCGUUGUAUCACAGGAUGGCGGCAGUAGAAACAGUGGCCCAUCCUAUUAUGUGCGAUGCGUGCCACAGAGAGAAUUUCACCGGAUUCAGAUACAGAUGCCAAAAAUGCCAUUCGUAUCAGCUAUGUCAAGACUGUUUCUGGCGCGGUAAAGUUUCUGGAACUCAUAAUAACGAUCACGAAACGAGAGAGUACAGUAGUUUUAAAUCGCCCAGCAAACAAAUUGGCCAUUCUUUGCGAAAGAGCUUCAGAUGCGUGCCCGAAAAGGGGAAGAACAGCUUAGCGUAAUUUUACAAUCCAAAAAUAAAUUUACUACAUUCCAGCCCACCGUCACCUUUACCAUCUCACAACGGUUUUCCAGAUCCAGGAUUUAUGGCUCCAUUUGAUUCAGGAUCGAUGGACAGCCGUUCGACCUUGAGGAGUAUGGACAGUUCAAGACUGGACGAUGAACAUAAAUUAAUAGCACGAUAUGCACAAAGGUUGGCACAAGAAGCUAGGACUAUGCCUCGUACAGCGUCCAGAAUGUCCCAGGCAGACCAAACUGGUAGAGCGCCGUCGGAUGCGAACUUGGCGUCGUUGGAUGCAUCGCGAGCGCAGCGUGAGCUAAUAUCACAGUUAGAGGCGAAGAACAAGGAAAUAAUGCGCGAGAUAGCAAGGUUAAGAAGGCAACAGGAAAUAGAAGCUGCGGGUUUGGAGAAUCCGGCGUUAAUGUCGGAAUUGCGAGCUUUGAGACAGAGAAAGGAUGAACUGGAGACACAUCUGGCCACGUUGCAAGAUUCCAGGAGGCAAUUGAUGGUACAACUAGAAGGUCUAAUGAAAAUGCUAAAGAACCACCAAGCGUCGCCACGAUCAACACCGAACAGUUCACCGCGGAGUACGAAGUCGCCACCUUUGCCACCCGGUGAUCCGAGCAGCAGGUCGGCACCGCCGACUCCCGGUGGGCCCUUGUCCACAACACCUCAACAACAACAGCAACAGCAACAACAGCAGCAGCAGCAACAGCAACAACAUCAGCAACAUCAGCAGCAACAAACGCCGCAACAAAUAUCUCAGAGCUAUCAAAAUCCUGUUCCGACGACGGUGGCUAAUGUGCAAGGCAACGCUAUACUCGGCACGAUACAGAAUCCUAUUCCAGAUAGCUUAUCGUGCGUUGGAGGCGAUGUAAGGUCUGCGUUCAGGACAAACAGCUUACCAGGGAGCGGUUCGAGCAGUGCCAAUAAUAGUUUGGGCCGAUCUCUGAGAAACGACUUACUGGUAGCUGCCGACAGCGUUACUAAUGCCAUGUCAACGCUUGUGAGGGAAUUAAACUCAGACGUGUUGUGGAAUGUGUGUGAUGCACCCCCUGUGAAUGUGUCCUGGUGGCUUGCAGACUCAGACCAGGAGGACCAUUCUCACAACUCUGGAUUAAUGAAUAUCAGAAAGCCGCUAGACUUUGAAGCGGGUGAGGAUGGAGACGACAGCAGCGGUGGUGGGAAUUCCUGGCGGGAGGAAUUACAGCGACGCUAUCAACAGGAGAAUGACUUCCUGGCGGAAUUGCGAGCUCGCAAUGCUAGCAUACCGCAAACACCGUCGGCUACAUUGUCCAACGAUCAGGAACACGAGAGAAACGAGAGAGAAGAGGCGGAUGGGGAGAAAGAAGACGAGGAUGAGUCUAAUUGGGCGGAGGCAGUGAAGAGAUGGGUCAAUCGAUAAACCGAUCUAGCAAAAUCUGAAGGUGCAUUAAGUGUUAGGUGUUGAGGAUGCGAAGAAACUCGGCGAAGAAAAGUCACGAGCGAGUUACAAUGACGACUGGAUUACACACACAAACACGCUGUGGAUGUAUACUUCAAUAUUAGUAUACAAUGUAACUCUCGAUAAAGUGUUGGAUGUCACGCAAUUUCAGAAACUUAUGCAUUUACAAGACGGUACUUGCAAUCAAAAGAUGACGUGAAACUCAACGAACCAUUAUGGGGAUACAAACAUCAUGGGGAUUUUCAUACGAAACAAGUACCGCGAUCAUCAUCCUUAGAAUGGCAUUUGUAUCGCGGGGAUACACAGUGAUUUUGCUACUUCAUUUAUCUACAAUUUGUAAUAAGACGUAAUAAAAGACUUUUAGAGUUUGUUGAAUAUACAUCCAUAUAUAACACUGUAGGCACAACUCGAGAAUAAGCAUUUCCGUUUUAUUACAUUUUUGUUUAUUGUUAUUUGUAAUUACUGUUAUAUUUGUAAUUACUAUUAAGCGAACUGAAUACAGUAUGCAAAUUAAACACAAUGCGCAAUAGUACUGUGUCUAUCUUGUAAUUCCAUCGCUUUAAAGUUAGCUUAGUUUUAAGCGAGCAUACGUCUGUAUAUAUUUGCGAAAAAUAUGUCCGAUAAUUGAUAAAUCAUCGGUUUCAUCGUCUCGCGUUCCAUUCAUUCAGACGUUAUCAUAGAUCAUGCGACAAAUUUUGCACAGGUUUUACCAACCAUUGACCAAACCUGAUCCUGAACCAGUUAACUAUAGCGAUAAGACGACUGCAGUUAAACCAAUUUUUUAAUACAUUACAAGUUUAGCGUAAACUUAGUUUGGCGAGCAAAGUGUGUUUUUGUACAUUUGUACCAGUUUAAGGUACAAUAUGCUAUUAAAUAAAAAUGUAAUAAUAUAAACGAAUAUAAAAAUAUUGACGUAUUAGAUAUCGCUUGGAAUGAUGACUUUACUGAAUUCGAUCGCAUUUACAGAAUACGAGAGUAGAGAAACGAAACGUCUAGUCUUACGUACAAAGUACUUAAUUUUAAGUUCCUAGGAUAAGAGAGUAUUCCAAUUAAUGAUCCAAUUGUUAAACCACGACUGCUAUUAAUAAGAACCAAUGCGUUUUGUAACUAUUUAAAUAGCAUGCCCUAUCCGCGAAAUAUCCUAUGUAUAUAUAAUAUACCAUUUCAGAAUUCCUUUUGUCUAUCUCUGUCAAAAUGAUGUAGCGCCUACAUGAUAUGAAUGCUGAAUAAAAGUUUAUUGAUACAUA